CGCAGUAUGACUCAUUUCAAUCGAUUUUAUUGCCAUUUCUAAUAAGACGCAAUUGUAAAUUUAUAGUACUUUGUUUGGAAUCCGUUUAAAGGAUGAAAAUUUCGGCUGUCGCUAAUAUCAAUGACAUUUCUUCAAAUGUGUUGAUUAAGUCGGAACCGUUGUGUACCGUGAAAGAAGUAGAUAAUAUGGUAUUCCAGUCCCCCAGCUCUUUAUCAGGAGUUCAGUCAGGAAAUUUAAACAAAAGGCCCGCAUCUUUAGACUUAAAAAAUACGACCAAAAAGCGAUUAGUUUCCACAACUCUUCUUAUUGAAUCGCCAGAAACACAACAAAAGUCGCUGACAACGCCAGAUCUGGAUAAAAUAUUGCAUUUUCUUCCAACUCCUCAACCGGGCACAAUUUAUCAAACGAAAAAUUCCUCUGUUACUUCCGAGCAAGAAGCCUUUGGAAAGGGAUUUGAGGAAGCGUUAAAUAGUUUACAUACCAACAGUAGUAAACAUCAGGUUUCCAGGAAUGAAACAAUUGGAAGUUGCGUAUCAAUAUCUAAUGUUACUACAACUAAUACUAUUGCGUCAGGAAUGAGUGGGGGAUCAUUUACAUACACCGAAUUAGAAACAUUUUCUUCCAUGCCAAUAAAAGACGAACCUCAAAACCCUCCUUCAUCACCGCCCGUUAGUCCAAUCGAUAUGGAAACACAAGAAAAAAUUAAAUUGGAAAGAAAGCGGCAGCGUAAUCGUGUAGCUGCAUCCAAAUGUCGUAAGAGGAAGCUGGAGCGUAUUUCAAAGUUGGAGGACAAGGUUAAAAUGUUGAAAGGUGAGAAUACAGAUCUGGGUUCAAUUAUCAAAAAUUUAAAGGAACAUGUGGCCCAAUUGAAGCAACAAGUAAUUGAACACAUUGAGUCUGGUUGUAGUAUACAAACUAUGUGCAAUGGAAAUACAAUACUUCACAACAAAUAAAUGAAAAUGUAUUGAAGAGAAAACAUGUCUAA